AUGUUGGGUAACACCGUAGACGGUGAUGCGCUUCGUCGCACCCAAUCAUCAAUGCGGCAACAACAGCAAAUUCCUAUCUCUCAGCAAACAGUAGAGGGCGGACAGCAUGAACCCAAAAGCAGCAGCUCCUCAGAUACAGAUGUCAUCCAAGAAGGAAAAUGGGGCGAACGUGGACAGGAAGAUGUCACCGCACAGGACGCCAUGCAAGAAUUCGAGUCUUUAAGACACAACUUAAUGAGCCUCCACAAAACAAGAACAACAGAAACACACGCCAGCAGAGCCCACGCAAGCAGAAGGGCGUCCUCAGCAAAACACCAUAACGAUGCCGACGAUGAUGGGUCGAAAACCGAUGUUGAAGCUGGCACCGAGGAGAGUGAUGGGUUUGAGCUAGGGCGAUUUAUGCGAGAAGGCCAUUUCGAAAAGCGCUCUGAGCGGGAGGGUUCCUUAAAGCGAGUUGGAGUUGUGUACGAGAACCUGACUGUCAAAGGCGUUGGAAGCACGACCUCUUUUGUUCGAACAGUUCCAGAUGCCAUUCUUGGUACCUUUGGUCCCGAUCUCUAUCAUGUGCUCACUCGGUAUUUUCCAUCUCUCCGAAUUGGAAAGCCCCCGACUCGAACCCUCAUCAAUGAUUUUACCGGCUGCGUUCGAGAUGGAGAGAUGAUGCUAGUCCUAGGACGACCAGGUUCUGGCUGCAGUACCUUUCUUAAGGCCAUCAGCAACAACCGCGAGACAUAUGCUGCUGUUGAGGGCGAUGUUUCUUACAGUGGUAUCCCUGCUGCUGAGCAAAAGAAGCACUACCGAGGCGAGGUUAAUUAUAACGGAGAAGACGAUAUUCACUUCGCUACUCUGAGCGUGUGGAAGACCCUCGCUUUUGCCCUCACAAACAAGACCAAGAUCAAGGAGAAGGAGGACAUCCCUAUUGUUGUGGAUGCUCUUAUGAAGAUGUUCGGUAUUAGCCACACCAGAGAUACCGUCGUCGGUGAUGAUUUCACUCGAGGUGUUUCUGGUGGUGAACGAAAGCGAGUUUCGAUCGCGGAGACACUGGCCUCCAAGUCUACUGUUAUGGCGUGGGAUAACUCCACUCGAGGUCUAGAUGCAUCGACUGCCCUCGACUAUGCGCGAUCACUCCGUAUUAUGACAGAUAUCAGUAACCGAACAACACUGGUUACCUUGUACCAGGCUGGUGAAGGUAUCUAUGAGUUGAUGGACAAGGUUCUGGUCAUCGACCAGGGCCGCCAGAUCUUCUCUGGACCUGCCAACAAGGCCAAGCAAUAUUUUAUCGACCUUGGAUUCGAGUGUCCCGAACGACAGACGACAGCCGACUUUUUGACCGCUGUUACCGACCCGACUGAACGACGUUUCCGACCUGGAUUUGAGCACCGUGCUCCCCGAACGGCCGAAGAGCUCGAGUCAGCGUUCCGAAACUCACCCAACUACCAGGAGCUACUGGCUGAUGUUGCUGCUUACAAGGAGUCCCUCCAACAGUCAAACUACCAGGAUGCUAAGAGAUUCCAGGGUGCUGUCCAGGAGGCCAAGUCCAAGCACGUUUCCGACAAGUCUUCUUAUACCAUUUCGUUCCCUCGACAAGUCCUUGCGUGCACCAAGCGAGAAGCAUGGCUCUUAUUCGGCGAUACCACAACCCUGUGGACCAAGCUCUUCAUCAUUGUGUCAAACGGUCUUAUUGUGGGAUCUCUCUUUUAUGGACAAUCUGAAGACACUGCGAGCGCUUUUAGCCGUGGCGGUACAAUCUUCUUUUCUGUUCUCUUCCUGGGUUGGCUUCAGCUUUCUGAGCUUAUGAAGGCUGUCUCUGGACGUGCCGUUGUUGCUCGUCACCAUGACUAUGCUUUUUACCGCCCCUCUGCCGUCUCUCUUGCCCGAGUUCUACUUGACUUUCCUGUCAUUGGCAUUCAAGUCCUCAUCUUUGGUAUCCUCAUGUACUUCAUGACCGGGCUUGACGUGGACGUGUCCAAGUUUUGGAUCUACAUGCUAUUUGUGUAUACCAACACCAUUAUGGUCACUGCCUUAUACCGCAUGUUCGCCAGCUUGUCGCCCGAAAUUGAUACCGCUGUGAGAUUCUCUGGAAUUUCAUUGAAUUUACUCGUCAUCUACACCGGAUACGUUAUCCCGAAGACCCAGUUGCUGAAGGACUAUAUUUGGUUUGGUUGGCUGUACUGGGUUAACCCUAUCAGUUAUAGCUUUGAGGCUGUCUUGACCAACGAAAUGUCAGACAGGAUCCUGGAAUGCGCUCCCUCUCAACUCGUUCCCCAGGGACCUGGAGUUCAGUCAGGGUACCAAGGUUGUGCGAUUAGCGGAGCUGAAGUCAACGCGCAGUCAGUCUCUGGUAGCGAUUAUCUAAAAGCGACCUAUAACUACAGCCGGUCGAACCUGUGGCGAAACUUCGGUGUUGUUGUUGCUUUUGCCGUUCUUUAUAUCCUCGUCACAGUAUUGGCAACAGAGUUGGUCAGCUUUGCGGAAGGCGGAGGCGGUGCUGUGAUCUUCAAGAAGAGCCGCAAGGCCAAGGAGCAAGCGCGGGAAGCUGAGGCACCUGUUGAUGAUGAGAAGGCCUUUGGCAACGGCGCCAAUGCCUCAUCCGGCGUCGUGGCUGACCCAAACCCAGGCAGCGAUGACGAAGCCUUGGAGCAAAUUACCGACAGCCAGUCAAUCUUCACAUGGCGCGACAUCGAGUACACCGUGCCUUACCUUGGCGGCGAGAAGAAGCUCCUGAACAAGGUCAGCGGAUAUGCUAAGCCGGGUAUCAUGGUUGCUCUGAUGGGAGCAUCGGGCGCUGGAAAGACGACACUCCUGAACAUUCUUUCGCAACGUACAAAUGUUGGUGUUGUGACGGGUGAGAUGUUUGUGGAUGGACGACCUUUAAGUGCAGACUUCCAGAGGAAUACUGGAUUCUGCCUUCAAGGUGAUCUUCAUGAUACAACCCAGACCGUACGAGAGGCCAUUGAGUUUUCUGCUAUCUUGCGACAGGAUGCCUCUGUUCCUCGUGCCGAGAAGAUUGCAUAUGUGGACAAGAUCAUUGACCUUCUUGAGCUCAAUGACCUGCAGGACGCCGUCAUUGUGUGUCUUGGUGUAGAGCAACGUAAGAGACUGACCAUUGGCGUCGAGCUGGCAGCCAAGCCAUCUCUGCUUCUCUUCCUCGAUGAGCCUACCUCUGGUCUUGACUCUCAGUCUGCUUACUCUAUUGUUCGUUUCCUCCGAAAGCUGAGCCGAGCUGGUCAGGCCAUUAUCUGCACCAUUCACCAGCCUAGCUCCGUUUUAAUCCAGCAGUUUGAUAUGGUCCUCGCUCUGAACCCUGGAGGUAACACGUUCUACUUUGGUCCUAUGGGAGAAAAUGGACAAGAUGUUGUCAAAUACUUCUCUGACCGCGGUGCUGUCUGCCCUGCCAACAAGAAUAUUGCCGAGUUCAUCCUCGAGACCGCUGCUCGACCCCACAGACGACCUGAUGGUACCAAGAUUGAUUGGAACCAAGAAUGGGUCGAAAGUGAGGAAGCCCAGCAAGUCCUCGAGGAAAUUGACGGUCUCAAGCGGGUUCGAAGCUCCGCAACGGAGGGAGUAGCUUCUGAAGAUAAAGAGCACUCAGAGUUCGCUGCUUCCACCUGGCUUCAGACGGUUGAGUUGACCAAACGUAUGUUUAGACAACACUGGCGCGACCCCUCCUACAUCUAUGGCAAGUUCUUUAUCGCGGUCAUCUUUGGCAUAUUCAAUGGCUUUACCUUUUGGAAUCUUGGCUACACGAUGCAGGACAUGCAAAACCGCAUGUUCACCUGCUUCUUGAUUGUGACAAUUCCUCCUACCGUCGUCAAUGGCGUUGUGCCCAAGUUCUUCACCAAUAUGGCCCUUUGGCAAGCCCGAGAGUACCCAUCUCGUAUCUACGGAUGGGCCGCUUUCUGCACUGCCAAUAUCGUGUCUGAUAUUCCUGCUGCCGUGGUAUCAGCCGUACUAUACUUUAUGUUGUGGUACUGGCCCACUGGUCUACCUACCGAGAGCUCUGUUUCUGGCUACUGCUUCUUGAUGACUCUUCUCAUGUACCUUUUCAUGACAAGCUGGGGCCAAUGGAUUUGUGCAUUUGCUCCCAGCUUUACCGUCAUUUCUAAUGUCCUGCCAUUCUUCUUCGUCAUGUUCGGCUUGUUCAACGGAGUGGUUCGCCCUUACGCCUCGCUCCCAGUCUUUUGGAGGUAUUGGAUGUAUUAUGCAAACCCCUCUACAUACUGGAUCGGAGGCAUGCUUGCAGCAACUCUCGAUGGUGCUCCGGUGGAGUGUUCGUCUGAGGAGACGGCCAAGUUUGAUGCACCCCCAGGUCAAACAUGUCAAGAGUAUGCAGGAGCAUUCGCGAAAACCGCCGGAGGUUAUUUCCUGAACCCCGAUGCUACAAGUGCUUGCGAGUUCUGUCCUAUUUCUUCUGGUAACGAUUACCUUGCGUCGCUCAACAUCAAAGCGAGCGACAAGUGGAGAGAUUUUGGCAUCUUCCUUGCUUUCUGUGUAUCAAACUGGAUGCUCGUAUACUUCUUUAUCUACACAGUCCGUGUUCGGGGCUGGAGCUUUGGCUUAGGCAAAGUGUUUGGCGGAUUGGGCAAGUUGGUUGAUCUGAUUAAGAAGCCAUUCCAGCGAAAGAAGGAAUAA